CCUCCUCCUGCUACUCCUCCCUCCCCCAGCCGGCUCGGUCUCCGCGGUGACGGCAUUGGAUCCGCAGCGAGAAUGGCGUUCGGUUCUGUCGCGCUCUCUUUCCUGCUGGUCGCCUUCACCUGCCUCGGCAACCUGGGCCAAGGGCUGGCCGACAAGCGGCUGAAGAUGCAGUAUGUUACCGGGCCGGUGCUGCGCUUCCAGAUCUGUAUCUCCUGAGGAUACAGGAAGGUGUUUGAGGAGUAUACGCGGGUUAUUAGCCAGCGGUAUCCCGACAUCCGUAUUGAAGGAGAAAAUUACCUUCCACAACCUAUCUACAGACACGUAGCAUCCUUUCUAUCAGUCUUCAAGCUGGUCUUAAUAGGACUAAUCAUAGUUGGUAAAGACCCCUUUCCUAGUUUGGGCAUGGAAACACCUGGCAUCUGGCAAUGGAGUCAGCAGAACAAGAUCUAUGCAUGUAUGAUGGUGUUCUUCCUUAGUAACAUGAUUGAAAAUCAGUGUAUGUCUACUGGUGCAUUUGAGAUUACAUUAAAUGAUGUCCCAGUGUGGUCCAAACUCGAGUCUGGUCAUCUUCCAUCCAUGCAACAACUUGUGCAGAUUCUGGACAAUGAAAUGAAACUCAAUGUACACAUGGAUUCAAUCCCACUUCAUCGAUCUUAGCUAGACCUUAAGGCAUUGGAAAGCCUUUUCUGUAUUUUAGUGGAUGCUUUCUGAGAAGGGUAAAACUGAUGACUAUGAAGGACUGCACUUAAAGCAGCAUUAACUGUUUGUGCAGACUGGAUGUUCUCCACAUCAGUCGUACCAUGCCUUCGAAAACCUCCUCUUAAAAAUGGAAAGGACUUCAGUGCUCGGAUACACUGAUCAUGUUCACCUUGUAGUGUACUGCACAUAUAUCAGAUUGUAAUAUGAACAUAGUUUCUUUUUUAUAUGUAAUUUAAUAUGACUUUAUGGCAACAUUUAAUGAAAUAAUACAGAUGGCAAAUAACAAUUCUGUUAUUUUGUGUUUUAAAUGAGUGGUAUACUAUAAAUUUUAUGUUUGAUAUUGUACUUUAGAAUUUAAUUAUAAUUUAAAUGCAGGUGCAUUUUAACCUGUAGCCCUGGUGAAAAUCUAUUCAAGUCCACUCUAGUUGGCUUCGGUUUAUCUUUUGUACAUUGUACAAGUGUUGUUAAUUUGAAACCAUACAUUGAAACAUUUGCCAACAAGGAAAAGGUUUUUUUUUAAUGCCCUAUCCCAGAGCUUCCAAGCAGCCUGAACACUUUAUCAUAUGAUGGAGCAAAUAACCAUUUCAGUUUAUGAUUUUUUAAAACUAAAUUUGGGGUUUAGUUGUUUCAGUCUUGUUUCAGAAGGUGUAACUAGCCAAGUAGGGAAAAAUAACACCAGUGGAAUGCUGCCUAAAGUCAGUUUAAAUAUGUCUUUGAUUGUACAUGGAAUAAUAUAACCAGGGGACUGAACCCUGAGCCUAGGGAAUUGGAAAGCUAACAGAUAAAAGAAUCAAAAUACCAUGUUUAAACACAGUUUAGUGUUAGAAGUUGAAGUUGGAAUUUAAAAGGAAGAAAAAUCCCUCAAAUUUAAUUGGAAUGCAUAAUUAGUCCUUGACGACUUUGGAUCAACUGUAAACUGGCAAUUGAUCUUAUUUGUAGGGGUGGCAAAAAAAAAAUUCAUACGUGGACAGCAUUUCUGAAAUCUAUUUUGAAACAUAAUGGAAAACACAUUUUUGUUGGCCAAAAUUCAAUUUUAUAAUGCCGCUGCCGUGCAUUAGAAUUUUAUUUUUAUUUUUCCGUCUGCUUCUGAUUAUUUGUGUACCUUGGCAGAAUUUAAUAUGAAUUUUUGCUAAUGUCAGAUAUACCUUUCUUUGUGAAUCUCCUGAUUCACAUCUUAUUUUUUGUUAUAAAUGGAGAUACCCACAACAUUCCCUGAAUACCUUGAAGGCUGCACUGUGCUGAACUUUGAGAUGAUGCACACAGUCUCAAUUAAAUAUUUUAAAUACUUCUAAUACCUUAGACCACCUUUUGACAGUCUGUAUCGAUUUGCAAUAUCAAAUGGAACAUAAAAUAUGUCAAUUCAGUGAAUUAUUGGUUACCACUCACUAAACUUUUGAGGGAUAGAUGGAAAGAAAGUCAAGCAGCCCCAGGACACCAUGCCCAGUAAUGUCAUUAUUUCUCAACAGAUCUCCUCUCCCCACCAUGUAAGUUUUUUUUUGAGGAGGUAGGGGAUGGGUGAGAGUGAUGAUGGUGAGGAGCGAGGAUAAACAUAAAAUACAUCACAAAUCAUAAAGAUAUUCCCCAUACAGUAAAUUCAGUUGCAACUUAAUGUAUCAGAUUUUCAGAGAUUAUUUUAUACUUGGUCACUGUGCUGAAAGACUUAAGAUGAGAUUGCCAGCAUGUGACUUUUGACUUUUGCAGCUUGAGUUUACUUGCUAUACAAUAUUUUCUUCAAUAUAGAUGAUUUCAAACAGUGUGUAUCUUUACAUUCUGUACUAUCUUAAACCCAUUAGAAAAUGCACUUUAUUUUUAAAGAGUAUUGAUAUCUUUCCUUUAUAAAAUAAAAACCCCUUUGGUCAUAGUUCCACAUAUAAAUGAGAAAAAAGUAUCAUUAUUCCUAAUAUUGCUGAAAAAUUUUGAAUUACUUUAGACCUUUGAAUUCACAUGAUGUAAGUGUCUUGUCAAUUUAGUGUGUUUUGAACAUUCAUGUGUUGUGUUGCUCUCCUUGUAAUUUGAUUGCAAUUUUUUCCCUCUGCUUUAUCUGAAAUAACGUUUUGUGUCUCACCUAGACCAUCUUAAUUGUCUUGUUCUGAGUUCUCAUCUUUUGCAGAACAAGUUACAAAAUGUCAUCCUUAGUAAAUCUCUUCUCAAACCUUUCAAUAAAGUCUGUUUUUGAGACACGGGCAUUUGCUUUUACCAAGAUGCUUGAUGAUGGUGAUUUUUCUAAAGCAAGUAAAUUGAAAAAGACUGUU